GAGGAGUCUGCUGAACCUUCAGAUACAGACCAGGACACCACAAACGCUCAUGCUUCCUUCCCAACAGCGGGAUCAUGGCAAGCCAUAUGGUCUCCUCAACACAACACCUAUUAUUUCUACAACUCAGAAACCAAAGAAACGACUUGGGUAAACCCUCUUCAACCCGCUACCUCUGAAUCAGAACCUUCCUCGUCUUCCACCUCCCAAUCUGGCCCUUCCACAACAAUAGACUCUCACUACGCAGCGCUGCAAGCGAACGCGAUGGCGCAGGGUAUUGAUCCAUCCUUAGCCCAUCUUGAUCCAUCGCUUGCUUCCUCGUCUGGUGUUCCUAGCAAUUUUAUGUACACCGCAAAGUUCAACGCGAGGACUGGCGCUUUUGCGAAGUCGGAUAGUCGCGAUCCUACUCACUUGUCAGAGUAUGAGCGUGCUAAGCGCAUGAGCGAGUUCUACUUUGACGUUGGUGCUUGGGAGAGGGAUGUCGAGGCUCGCAACAAGGCUGAGAUUGAGGCCGAGGCCGAGGGAGAAGGCAAGAAGAGAAAACGUCCGACGAAGAAGGAUCUGGAGCGGUUCAAGGAACAGAAGAGAUUAAAGAAGAUCGCGAAGACGGCAUGGCUUCGAACAUAG